AGAUACGACAAACUGCUAAGCAGAAUGCGUCUGCUGAUCGGACUAACCGUGGUAGCCGCCUUUAUUGCGCUAACGUCAGCGCAAUGGGAAACUCAUUGGUGGGCUGGUCGAAGUGGUAUUGUACAUCUGUUCGAGUGGAAGUGGGACGAUAUCGCCAAUGAGUGUGAGAACUUUCUGGCACCCAAUGGAUACGCCGGAGUACAAACUUCAGUACCGAGCGAAAAUGUUAUAAUUCACGACAGACCCUGGUACGAACGUUACCAGCCUUUGUCCUACCAGCUGACCACCCGUUCCGGAAAUCGUCAACAGUUUGCCAACAUGGUGCGCCGUUGUAAUGAUGUCGGUGUUAGGAUCUAUCCAGAUGUUAUCAUUAACCAUAUGGCUGCAACCGACGGUUAUGGAGGUACAGGUGGAUCAACGUCUGAUGUUGGAGCCAAGCAGUUCCCAGGUGUUCCUUAUGGACCUGGGGAUUUCAACCCUCCUUGUGGAAUCUACGACUAUACUGAUCCCUACCAGGUUCGUAACUGCUGGCUUGUUGGGAUGCCUGACUUGAACUAUGAUGUAGCAUAUGUACGUGACACAGUGGUAAACUACUUGAACGAUCUGAUCGAUCUCGGAGUGGCAGGAUUCCGUGUUGAUGCCGUUAAGCACAUGUGGCCUCAUCACCUGAGGGAAGUUUUCGGUCGUCUCAAAAACUUAAACACAGCCCAUCAUUUCCCAGCUGGUGCCAGGCCGUUCAUCACUCAGGAAGUUAUCGACUUGGGAGGCGAAGGCAUCAGUCGUUAUGAAUACACUGACCUGGGAACGGUAACUGAGUUCAGAUACUCUGCUGAAAUUGGUCGAGUCUUCCGUCGUCAUGCUAGCCUUGCCCAUUUACAUAAUUGGGGAACAGGAUGGGGUUUCAUGGCUUCUACUAGCUCACUGGUGUUUGUUGACAACCACGAUAAUCAACGAGGACAUGGUGCUGGAGGUGACAAUAUCCUUACCCAUGCCACACCCAGAGAAUACAAAAUGGCGACGGCAUUUAUGUUGGCAUAUCCGUUUGGUAUCCCCCGUAUCAUGAGCUCCUUCUCCUUCAGCCACGGUGAUGAGGGACCUCCAAUGGACGCUAAUGGUAACCUCGUGUCACCUUCCUUCAACCCAGAUGGCAGCUGCAGAGAUCGCUGGAUGUGUGAACACCGUUGGAGGCAGAUCUACAACAUGGUUGGUUUCCGCAACGCAGUAGUAGGAACUGGACUCAACGAUUGGUGGAGCAACGGAGAUCAACAGAUUGCUUUCUGUCGCGGUGGAAAUGGAUUCAUUGCCUUCAACAACCAAUGGGGACAAGAUUUCAACCAACGUUUGCAAACUUGCUUACCAGCUGGACAGUAUUGUGAUGUUAUUUCCGGAAGCAAGCAAGGAAGCAGUUGUACAGGAACUGUUGUAUCGGUUGAUGGAACUGGCAACGCUCAGAUCUUCAUUUCAUCUGGUGCCGAAGAUGGUGUUUUGGCUAUACAUCGCAAUGCGAAGUUGUAAAAUAUCGAUGUGCUCAGCAAAUAAAUAAAAUUUUUAAAGUUG